CGGCAUGUUACUGGUGAUAACGCGACAAGUCUCUCUUAUCCGAUGCGGGGCAGGGUGGAACAUGAUGACAUUUGCAAUACACAUCCCAUUAAUGGACUGGGGAGGGUCGGCUAUAAAGACGGGCUCAAAUCCAGAUGAAAUGGCGAUUACUACACGUCUCCUACUGUCUUCAUUCCUAUCAGAUUGACCUUUCACAAUGCCCGGAAUCCUAGCUGAGACUACCCUGACCGUUAACGAUGGUCCCUUGACCUCGGAAAAUGCUGCGUACCUCCGACCUUCCGAUCCUAAGCUUUCCCUCGAGGAACUCCGCAAGCGCUACGAUGAAGAUGGUUACCUCUUCUUGAAGCAAGUGUUACCUCGGGAGGAUAUCCUCGAAGCCCGCAAACAGUACUUCGAGUACCUCGCUCCUACUGGAGUACUUCAUGUUGGGACCGAGCCGGUGGAGGGCGUCUUUAACAGAGAGAAAUCCAUCGAUGAUUACCCCGGCAUUGGGGCGGGCCAUGUGGGCGGGAAUGGCCGUCCAGGCGGGGAUAGCGCAGCGCAGUUUGUUGACAGGGCUAUCGAGGCCCAUUAUAAGGACUGGUAUACGAAGAACGUGGUCAACCACCCCGCCUUGUAUGAUUUUAUUGCCAAAUUCACCGGCUGGGGCAAGGACACUUUGACGUUCAAGCGGACUCUACUAAGAAAUAAUAUCCCCGGCUCGAAGCCAAUUGGUGUUCAUUAUGAUCAAAUUUUCCUACGAUAUGGUGAGCCUACGGCGGUGACAGCUUGGGUCCCUAUUGGGGAUAUUAAAAUCAAUGGAGGAGGGUUGAUUUAUCUGGAGAAUGGUGACUCUGUCGGCCAGAAGAUCGAAGACGAAUUUACGGCCAAGGCACUCAAGGCAGGUCUAACGGAUGAAGAGGCUAAAUCGGCCUUUAACUCCAAUAUGAUGUCCACCGGUCUGCUCUCUGAAUUCCCGGCUGAGUUUGCUAAGGAAAAUGGCCGGCGUUGGCUCGUCUCCGCGUACGAGGCUGGCGACGUGGUGUUGCAUAAGCCUCAUGUGAUCCACGCGUCGACAAUCAAUAAUGACGAGGAUAAUGUCAUCCGCCUUGCAACUGAUUUGCGAUUCUGCGAUUCGUCGAAGCCAUAUGACAAGAGGUGGAUGAAUUACUAUAGAUUUAACGAUGGUGUUUGAAAUGGGACAUGACUUGGCCUUUUCUUUUUCACAUUUGAAGCCAACCGUAUACGAUACGUUUUAAUACAUGAUGAUUUUUCUUUUUAUGAGAUGACAUUCGCGGAUAUCAGAUUAUGCGAGCUGAAUUUAUUACUGAGGAUGCGCCAGCAGUUUCUGUAUAGCAUACAUGAACGAAAGAUCUCAGUAUCCUCCCAUUUAUGUCAAGCGCGACUCGGUCUUCACUGAAACCUUUAAGUCCUGUAUUGCAUUUCAAAAGGUACA